AUGGCCCCUGAGUAUGCUUUCGAUGGGAAAUUCUCUUUGAAGUCCGACAUAUACAGCUUUGGCGUGCUCUUGUUGGAGAUAAUUAGUGGCAAAAGGAACAGAGGUUUUUCCCAUCCAAGCCAUCACCACAACCUUCUUGGACAUUCGUGGUUGCUUUGGUGUGAAGGCAGGGCCUUGGAAAUAAUGGAUGAAUGCCUACACAACUCAUUUGACAGAACCCAAGUGGAAAGAUGCAUUCGAGUGGGCUUGUUGUGUGUCCAAAAGUUCCCUGAAGAUAGACCAGCUGUGUCUUUUGCAAUUGAUAUGAUACUCAAUGGUGGCUUGGUCUUGCCUGAACCUAAAGAGCCUAGUUACUUCUUUGAGAGAAACUCAGAGUAUAAAGAUGGGGCUUCAGCAAAGGGAGACCCUUAUACGCAAAAUGCAGUCACUUUGACUUUGCCAAAAGGCCGGUAG